AUGGAGAACCGCAUCAGAGAGAAAGAGAUCGAAUCAACGAAAGUCGGCUCGCGUGUCCCGGUGGCGCGGGGCGGUUGUGGUCAAUCCGGGACAUUCACCUCCGCCCAAACGGGGCAGUGGGGGGAGGCGGGCCCGCCCCAGGACCAGCCGCGCGGAAUGGCCAAGUGGCUCAGGCCCGACCUGACCGCGGCCGCGUGCCCGUUCCAGCCGCUCCCGGCGGCCCCGCCCGCGCUCAGGAUGCAGCCCCUGCCGGCGGAGUCGGCAUCGACGCACGUCGAGACCGUCUCAUCCAACACCGGCUCGCAGUUCUUCAGCGCUAAAACG